CUCAACAAUGUUGAAUCAUCCAGAAGGAACACAAGAGCAGCACAAGGAGAUGUAAAUGGUAGGAGGUGAAAAGGAGAUUGGAACGGUGUCUCUAACAAAAGGUCAUGGAUCGUUAUGUUGAUCCUUUGGUCUCUCAUCUCAAGACGAUGCUUAAUUACAGGAAGUUGCGGAAGGGGACAAAAGCAGAAGUUGAGGAGCUUCUCAUGAUCGAGAAAUCUACUAGCAGUUGGCCUGAGAAAUCUCUUGGUAUUACAGUGGAGAGAACUUCAUCGGUUAAGAUCGCUGGCAGAUGUUGUUGGCUCCUUUUCAAGAUGGAUCUCUGUUUUUCCAAAUUAUUUCUUGCAGGAGGGAUUUCUGAACCCAUUUGUUCACAUGCUCGUGCCUGUGCUCUUCGUAAAAUUUGUGAAGAUGCUCCAGCUGUAAUACAGGAAACAUCAUCUUGACGCGGAUAGGAGAGGUUUUAGCUUCAUGCAACCCUUUCAUUAACUGGUAAGACAAGCUUCAAGUUACACUGACACAUAUAUGUAGUAUGUGUUGUAUGUGUUGUGAUAUUUGAUUUUUAUUAUUGUAUUAUUGACUCACAUGUUUAACAAUAAAAAAAAAGUCCUAAGGACUUCUAAUUGAAGUCCACCAUUGAACAGAUUUUUUUUGUUU